UCAGUCACAUACAAGUACAACAGUUUUUCCAUAUCAUCAUCACUAUCAAUCCACAACAAAUCCAUUGAAUUAUCAUGCAAAUAAUCAUCUUAAACACAUACAACAGCAAGUAUCAGCAUUUACACCAAGUCAAAAUAUGCCAAAUAAUUUGCCUACGAUUGAUAAUUUUCUAUUACCACUUGGACACAAUCUAUCUACUGAUACUUCUACAACAACAACAGCACAACUGUUAAUGACACUGAUAAAUUUAGCUGGUACAUUACCUCCACAAUCACCCGCAACAAUCAUUCUUUCCAGCUCGUCUUCUGACGAAAACGAACAAACGAUUGUUACACGACGUAGUGCUAUUUCAAGCUCGUCUUCUAUCUUAACCACGAUCACACCUACUUCAACGACAUCAUUAUCGUCCAGUAUAGUCACUGCCGCUACGACGUCAACUGCAAACGAAAUUGAAACAGCUGAAUCUACUGCAAUAGUUAGUUCUUCGAUCAAUGGUAACAUUUCUUCAACAGAAAAAACAAAUACAACUGAACAGCACCAACAACUGAUUGCUACAACGAUAUCCUCGAUAAAUGCUUCGGCUGAAAAUUUAACUGAAACACCAGCUUCCGUAACAAAUAAUUCCAUUUCAGUUGAAGAAUCAUCAGAACAACAGACAAAAAGACCACAAUGUAUGAAGAAUGAAUUAAAAGGUUUCGGUCAAACCCAUAAAUUUCGUCACGGCAUUAGAAAACUACGUUCUCGUGGCGGUCGCCCAUUGGAAAGCAGUAGACCACUACCAAGCAAUGAUACAUCAGUGGCACAACCAGCAAAAAAAUCAAAGAAAAGUAAAUGA